GAAUUAGAUUGUUAAUUGUUAGUUAGCCUUUGGGUCGAUCACAUCAACAGAGAACAAAAAUUUUCCAUUUUCAAUAAACUUAAAUUUCUUUCAAAUUAAAGUUCAAUUAGUAAAUCGUUUCAAUCAUGUUUACCUUAUAUUUGAUCGCAUGUUUAUCAACAACCUUAAUUGCUAAUGUUUCUGGUAACAUGUUCUCUCCAUUUUCGUCAUUCACUGGAUUUCCAUCUUUUCCAAGUUUCCCUAAUCCAUUUGGAUCAUCUUUCGGUUCACCCUUUGGAUCAGGUUUUCCUUUCGGUCAAUCAUAUGGAGCAUCUUUCCAACCUGAAGAUCCCUUUGCAUCCUCAUCACCUUUUCCUUACCAACCUCAGACUUCACCUUAUUUCCAAUCCUCACCACUCGGUGGUUCCUCAGUUUCACCCUCUUCUUCCCAAUUUCCAUCAAGUUUCAAUCGUUUUCCUGGUAGUUCAUUUGGUUUCCCAUCUUUCCCUUCAUUUCCUUCAUUCACUGAUUUCACCAAUGGCCUGGCGAAUGGCCUUAAAGGUAACGGGUACAGAGUAACUUCCUCGUCGAGUGGUUCAGGAACCAAUGGUAAACCAGGGCAGGUAAUCCAAACAAUUAAGGUGGAAAAGGUUGGAACUGAAAAUGGUCCAGGGAAACAAAGCCGAAUUGUCCAAACAAUCAGCGCUUCGGGUCCCGUAGUUCCAUCCAAAGGUCCAUCUAAUUCCCAACAAAGUGCCAAAGGUAAUAAUCAAGUAAAUCGACCAAAUCAACGACCCAUUUUCAAUGGACCAAUUAAACAAAACAAUCAGGCUAAUAAUCAACAAAGGAAACCAUCACCACCACCACGAUUCACCGGACCAACAACCACAGCGAUUGCUCCUUCAACUGGAUUGACAAAAAUUAAUGGAACACAAUCAACAUCCCUUCACCAAUCAACUUCUCACAACAAUUCUGCUGAUAUUGGUAAACCAACAAGCAAUCAAUUGUUAAUCAAUCACAAUAACAGUGGAAUAGGAUCAACUUCAUCUUCCAAGGUGUCAUCAUCAUCCUCAUCAACCGCUGGUAAUGUUGAUAUCAAUAAAUCAUCAACAUCGUCAUCACAAUCAAUUGGUUCACAUAAUUCACAAAUCAAUGGUGCAACUUCAUUUAAUUCAGUUAAUUCCGAUCAAUCAUCCGGAUCCAAAAAUACUGUUACUGUUAGAAGAGUUGAUUCCUCUGGUCGAAUCAUCAAUGGAUUCUGAUUUGAAGCCUGAAAAUAAAUUGAUUAAACAGAAUAGAUAAUUAAGUUGAAGAAAAUUGUUUUCUCAGAUAAUGGUAAAUCACUUUACUCCAACGAUUAAAGUUUCAAUUUAAUUGAGGCACUUUGCAUUUAAA